AUGUGCUCCGAGCUUAUGACAUUGUGCACGGCUUUCGUUAUGGAUGGACCCAGUGGCAUUGGCAAUAUUCCUGCCUUUUUGGGAGCAAUCCUCUGUGCCAACUGGCCUCGCCAUAUGUCAAAGGCUAUAGAUACAAUUAAUCCCAUAUUAUACACAUCAGUUUCCGUUGUAAAAGGGUGGAUAUUAGUUCUAGAGGAAGACAAUGAGGCUGUUAUAAAAGCUGCUAACAAGUCAACGGACAAUAUUGAUGAGACGGUUUCUUCAUCUAACGAGCCAGAAAGGGAAGAUCCUGAAAUUGUAAACAGGUGCGCUCACUCCGUGUGUUUGCUGUGUGAAUCAGCGCAGCGCUCACUGUGGAUGAAGUGGCCGGAAUUGUGCGAUGAGAUCUACGCCGUGAUCAAGCCCUGUAUCACUCACAAUCAGAUUAUCACAGGAGAUGUGAAGUCUGGUCUUCUUCAUACUAUAAUGUCUUUGAAUGCAUGGACUAGGACGAAAGCCGUUACUAUGAAAAAUGCUCAGACACAGACUUUCGGUUCAAAUGUCCCAUGA